UUAUUGUUCGCCGGGUUGUCGCAGUCGGGUUGAAUUCGCAGAAGGACCUUAACAGUGACAGGAGGCGUGAUAGCAACGUUCGUAUACUUGAGGAAAGUUGAAUUGUGUCCUGUAUUAAAACGUUACACUGACGUAACAGGACUUAAGAUAAGUUUUCUUUCCGUAAUGGAUGCCCUGCAAAGGAGAGUGAUCAGUGAGGACACUGUUCAGUACAAACUCUUCUCGAUCCAAACAGAUGGUUUGUCUUCUCAGAAAACAGAGGAACAUCUUUCACAUCUAGUUGAGGAGAUCUUUGCAAAUGUUGCUCCACUCUUGGUUCAGUACAUUUGGCAGCAUCAGUCAUUCAAUCUUAAGUAUCAUCCAGAGCAAGGAGAUGUCCCUGCUCACAUUGGAGGCAGCACUCAGUUCGGUGACAACGUAGACGAUGAGUGGUUUAUUGUUUACCUCCUGCAGAAGAUAACACAGAGUUUCCCAGAGCUUGCAGCCAGAGUUGAGGACAAUGACGGGGAGUUUCUUCUGAUUGAAGCUGCAGAUUAUCUCCCUAAAUGGCUUAAUCCAGACACCAGUGAACUCAGGGUGUUUCUCUAUAAGGGAGAAUUGCAUAUUCUUCCCUGUCCAUCCAAAGCUAAUCCAGUCGGCAUUUUAAAGGAUGUGGUACCCAGUGUGGCCCAAGCCCUCAUGUUGCUCUCCACACACCCAGACACCUGUCGAGCGAGUCCGAAGAUUUGUUCAGUGCUGAGGAAACGUCUUGAAGGAUACCCAGAGAAGAUUAAAACCAGUCUCCACCGUGCCCACUGCUUCAUACCAGCGGGUAUUGCCCAGGUGUUGGCACAGCGGCCUGACCUGGUCGCCCCUGCAGUAUCAGCUUUUUACCUGCGGGAUCCAGUAGAUCUGCAGGCGUGUCGGAGCUUCAAGACCUUUCCUGCUGAUACAAGAGUCCUCACCACGGUGACAUUCACCCGUUGCCUGUAUGCUCAGCUGCAGCAGCAACACUUCACACCAGACCGAAGGAGCGGCUUCACUCUGCCUCCUCGCUCUCAUCCUCAGCACAAAGCUCAUGAGCUUGGCAUGAAACUGGCACAUGGCUUUGAGAUCCUGUGCUCCAAGUGUAGGCUGCCUUCAUCUGAACCCGACGCCCCCGUCAGCUGUAACCCUCAGUGGAAAGGCUUCAUGGACAGUCUGAAGAGAAACGGCUAUUUCCGGGGAGAACUGGAGGGUUCCACACAUUGGAGAGAGCUGACCAGAUCCGCAGAGAACUUUUUCAAACAGUCAGUUGCCUUAAAAUCGAGUGCUUUGUCUCCAGGUGAGGAGGUUCUCCAGCUUCUACACAGCUGCGAUGCAUUCAGCUUGGAGGAGCUGAAGAAACAAGAGUCACAUCUCCCCCAAGAGGACAGCGACAGCUGGCUGGACAUCACAGCUCAGGAUUUGGAGCAUAUGUUGCAGGAGAGGAGUUGGGGGAACGCUCAUGUUUCGAGCUCCGCCAAACAGACGCAGCAUGUCAGCGGUGCAAACGAGACGGAGGAAAAGGAGAAGGAGAAGGAGAAGGAGGAGAAAGAGGAGAAGGAGGAGGCAACUUACAGCCUGAUAGCAGUCAGCCAGGGGAUGAAGAACUUCCUCAGCGCCGUAUCGUCACAUGAGGGUGCUGAACUGCCCUGGAGCAGCUCAACUAAUCCUUUUGGUUUCGAACCAGAUGCGAUGGCAAAUGCCUUUGACAGACUGCUGGGAAGUAAAGAAGAAGAAGAAGAGUUAGAUUCAGAUGAUUUAGAUGAUGAUGAUGAUGAUGAUGAUGAGGAAGAAGAAGAGGACGAGGAAGAAAAACAAGGUGGUCAUGCUGAGAUAAACGGAGCAGAAAGUUUGGGCGGUUUGAGAAAAUACAUGGACCAAAUGGAUCAAGAGCUGAUGAGUACUAAUAUAGGAAAGAGCUUCAGUCAAAGUAAUAACAACAAGGCAGACUCCGCUCAUCUCUCUGCCACAGACGGUUUCCUCGGUGAGGGAGGAGUGGAGGAGGUGGAGGACGAGGAGAUCCAGCCUCUUGACGUGGACUUAAACCUGAUCACAAACCUGCUCGAGUCCCUCAGCAGCCAGGAAGGGCUGGCUGGACCGGCCUCCAACCUGCUGCAGAGCCUGGGUUUGCACCUUCCACCCAACUCUGAUUCAUGUAACAAACAAGAAGUAACUCAUGAGUGAGAAGAGUGAUUAUUGGAGGAUAUAACAAAACGUAAAUGGAGUGAAAGGAACAUUAAAGGGACAUUUUAGAACAGUGUUUCCCAACCCUGGCCCUCGUAGACCCCUGUCCUGCAUGUUUUAGAUGCUCCAACACACCUGAUUGAUUUCAUCAACUUAACGUCUUUGGUUUUUGAGAUAUUACCAUAGAUGCAGGCGAAGACUGAGCCGCAUGACUUCAGGAACUGCACUGACGUUUUGAGCGUCGCAGGCCUCCGCUGAUUGAUCAAAUUUCUUAAUUAUGUCUGAUUGAUCGAAUUUCUUAAUUAUGUUUUCUGUGAUGUAGCUGGAUCUCUGCUGAUUGGAUCUCUGCUGGGUGAAAUGCAGGUGUUUCGAUCUCAGUAUUGCAUUGUUUUGGAUGUCUGGGGAAGUUACAAAUCUAGUUCUUUGCCUGGCAAAGGUUUAGUUUGUAUGUCAUUUUUCUGCAUGUAAAGAUGCUCAAAAAGCACAGUUAACUGGUUUCCUGCAGUAUUUAAUAACAAGCAAAAAUCAAUCAUUUGUGAUCAUCAUCAACUGGCUUUGUUUUCUUUUACUGUGAUAGCAUUUGUAGCUACAUCACCCAGCCCCAGCUUUUAUGGAUGUUUAAUUUGUCCCGUGGAGUUUUCACUGUAGCCAAACAUGGCUUUGUUUAUACAUUAAUUCACUGUAAAGCUGUGUACUUUCAGACAGCAGGCACUGAAGAAAUUUCCCAUUAAGCGUUUGCAAAAACCUUUUAUUUCUUUUUUACAGAUUAUACAUGUGCACAAAAACAAAAAAGCAGACAUUUCAGAUGCUUGAUUUCCUAUCAUGGGGUUAUAUUUCUAGCAGUGCAUAAAUAAGUGCAUUUAUCUUUGGUUUUGGUUGCACUGUACACACACAUACGGACGUUCUUAUCCACGUCGCCAUGAAUCUUUAUGACAAGUUGUUUUAUUGUUUUGUUUGUUUGUUUUUCUUCAUGGCGAUUCCUUGGGAUACAUGUCUUUAUGUAUUGUUUUUUUACAGCACUUGCAGUGAGUGGGUAGAAACAGUAGAAUAAAUAUUUUUGCAAAUAAACUCUGUGUCUGUCUGAAUUUAUGCAGACCGUCUUUGCUGCACAAGCAUUUAUUUUUUCCUCCUGAUAUUUUAUUUCCUUUUUCAACACAAUACAGUAUUGGAUGCACAUUUGACAAAGGCUGAAUAUUGCUUCUAGCUUAUUCAAUUAUGGCACCAUAUAGUUUCUGAUAAAGACUUUACAACUGACUCGGGAUCUUCAUUGAACUUCAUUGAAGGGCAACUUUCACCUCUGGUGAAAUAUUCUCUCAAGUCAAGAAUCUCAGUUU